AUGUUACAAGAUUUGAUAAAGGAGCGACUGGCGGCGGCGGCUGAAGAAAUAUUCGCGCUGUUUGAGCGAACGAUAGCGUCGUACGAGGAGGAACUUUCUCGAACAAGAGAGAGCGCGAGACUUCGACAGCAGCGGGAAGAUGUGCAUACGACUCACCAUGUUUUACAAGGAAGUACGCCCCCUCCGCCGCAGUGGGGCAGCGCCGCUUUGGAGCCCUAUGUUAAAGAGGAAGAGGAAGAGGAGGACGUCUGGACCACUCAGGGGGGACAAGGUCUCCUCGGUCUCACCGAGGUGCCACUCACUGGUGUCUCUUUGAAGAGCGGCGAAGAGAAAUCCCCAGAGUCCUCGCCGUUUCAUCACCGUCCAUGUGGGGAGGACCGAGGGGCGGAGUCUCCAAGACGCCAGGCAACAGAAGGCGACGGAGACCAGCGGGGAGGACCACCGGCGGACAAGAUCUUAGCUCCCCUGUCAGAAAGUGACGACGCGGAAACGGCGCCGACUCUCGGCAACAGGAAGACGUCACACGCGGCUAAAAAUGGCUUCGUCUGCUCCGUGUGCGGCGAAGGCUUUUCUUGCCAGAGCCGUUUGGAGGAACACGCGCGCACACACGCGGGCGCGGCGACUUGGACUUGUUCGCUCUGCGCGGAGACAUUCUCUCUCCAGACUCAAAUGCGAGCGCACAUGAGGACGCACGAGAAACCCUUCGCUUGCUCCGUUUGCGGCCACGAGUUCGCUCGCAAGUCCAUCUUGAAGCGGCACAUGCUGACCCACACGGGGGAGAAACCCUUCCCCUGCCCGCUCUGCGGCCGAGGGUUCUCCCAGAAGUCGUGCAUGGUGUCGCACGUGAGGACGCACACCGGCGAGAAGCCCUUCGCUUGUUCGGUCUGUGGCAAACGCUUCGCCCUGAAGUCGUGCAUGGCGGUGCACGUGAGGACGCACACGGGGGAAAAACCCUUCGGUUGCUCAGUGUGCGGGGAACAUUUUUCCUGUAAGAGUAAUAUGAACGUGCACAUGAGAAGGCACACGGGAGAAAAACCCUUUCGCUGUCCGGUUUGUGGUAAAUGUUUCUCUUCCAAGGCAUUUCUGCGGACACACGUUCAGCGGCACCAGGGGGAAUGACCUCUUACCUUUCCAGCAUUUGUCAAUGUCCUCAAUUUACCCCAAUGUGGGACUAUUAUGUACUCAGUGGCAUAAUGUGGGACUAUUAUGUACUCAGUGGCAUAAUGUGGGACUAUUAUGUACUCAGUGGCAUAAUGUGGGACUAUUAUGUACUCAGUGGCAUAAUGUGGGACUAUUAUGUACUCAGUGGCAUAUUGUGGGACUAUUAUGUACUCAGUGGCAUAUUGUGGGACUAUUAUGUACUCAGUGGCAUAAUGUGGGACUAUUAUGUACUCAGUGGCAUAAUGUGGGACUAUUAUGUACUCAGUGGCAUAAUGUGGGACUAUUAUGUACUCAGUGGCAUAAUGUGGGACUAUUAUGUACUCAGUGGCAUAAUGUGGGACUAUUAUGUACUCAGUGGCAUAUUGUGGGACUAUUAUGUACUCAGUGGCAUAAUGUGGGACUAUUAUGUACUCAGUGGCAUAAUGUGGGACUAUUAUGUACUCAGUGGCAUAAUGUGGGACUAUUAUGUACUCAGUGGCAUAAUGUGGGACUAUUAUGUACUCAGUGGCAUAAUGUGGGACUAUUAUGUACUCAGUGGCAUAUUGUGGGACUAUUAUGUACUCAGUGGCAUAAUGUGGGACUAUUAUGUACUCAGUGGCAUAAUGUGGGACUAUUAUGUACUCAGUGGCAUAUUGUGGGACUAUUAUGUACUCAGUGGCAUAAUGUGGGACUAUUAUGUACUCAGUGGCA